CUUCUGGCACGAAUCUCUUAUCUUUGCAAAAAUCGCAAAAGGACAGUUCCAACGGAGUUCACACCCGGAUAGUACUGGUGACAGCGGCAGAGGUGGUACCAGAACCCGGUUUGAUCCAAGCAAAACCAAGACCAAAACUAUAGCCAGCCUCAGGCUCUAAUAACUACGGUAUCUACCUCGCUGGCCAGCUACAAUGUAGAGAGAAACUCGAUGUACCGGUAGCCUUGCAUUCAACUCACUGCUAUGCUUGGUGCAAUGCGUUUUGGUUAUUCUUGGUAGCUGCUCCUCGUCAUCUCGGAUCUUUAAAUCGGGACAGAUGGAACACCAUGCAUGGAACGAGGACCUUUUGACGCGUCUUCCGAUGCCAAGGGGAAGGGAGGCAGCAGAAUGAGCACAAGCAGGGCGGGAUAAUCUACACCACGCGGGAUUUCGAAGCAAGGGAUCGCGCACCUGGAGUGGCCCAAAAUAGCGUGUAUUGUUUCAAAGCACACUUGAGGAAAAUGAACAUGAUUUGAAAUGGUGUACCCAAUAACGCUUCUCUUUUUGAACUGGUUUUGGAUUCCUCACAAUUUUGAAACUGUGUGUCUUGUUUGUGGCGGCCAGUUCUGGCGCCAUACGAUUUCAGCUUCUCCCGGCAGCUAUUACCAGUAUGCAUAGAGCUCAAUAGCAAGACAAAAUCGGCAAGGGGUAUCUCUGUUUGAUUCGAUUCGUUACGUACCUUACUGUACUGUAUCGCAUGCUAAUAUUAAUAGUAGAUGAAGGGAAGAGAAGAUAAUGCUGGCGACGGCUGCUGCUUCCUCGAGAUCAGCAACAUCCGACCGUUCGAGUUGCUGUGACCUUGGAGCUCCAUCUCCUCCCUCCUCCAAGAGUGGCGACUUGCUGGAUAUCACUUGUACGGAAGACUCCUUUUCUAUUUGCGAUGAGGAUGCCAUUGUGGGUCGUCACAACAAGAAAAAUUCUGACGAUGAUACCGUCGCCUCCUCGGUCUUUUCUACCUUUCUGCUCUGUGGAGAUGAUCUGCAGAAAGAACCAAAGGAAUUUCAGCACAAUGGGCUGGCUUUGUUGGACCAUGAUGACUUUGCAUCACCUGCUGCUGCAGUCGCGGGCGCUAGAACACGACUAGAACUGCAUCGGCCAGAACAAGGCACCAAUGGUGGCUCCCGUCGGUACAUGUGGCGGUCCACACAACAGGGUAUAGGAGCCAUCGAAGACGACAUAUUCUCGUUUCACCAACCCCACCCUGCAGAAUCGAUGGAAAGUCAGGAGAAAAGCCAUGACGGAAAUAGUCAUCAUCGAACAAAUUCCAACAGUCUGGCACUGCUACCAAUUCUUCCAAGUGAAGAAAGCAGCUCCUCCUAUGGAUCACUCUUUGAUGAGGAAGAUGAUCACACUGUUGGGGGGACAGUUGAUGAUCCCCAAUACGUCCCUAGACCCACCUCGACAACUCCAUCCCUCCGAGAAAUGGCAUCCUUCUAUAGUUCUCGUGACGAUGACGAUCCUAUUCCCAGGACGUCUCCCUUUGAGGCAGAAUUGGAAUUAGAAUUGGGUGAACCUGCCUUUCCCGAGCCGAGCAAUGAAAUGACACUUUCCAUAUCAAAAGACCCAGAAUUCCCUGGCAUGAUGCCAGAGGACAAUCCCCAAAGAAGUUCUCCCAGUAAAUAUCUGGAAACCGAACAUGCUUCCUCCUCCAAACUUCCAGAAAAGAAAUCCUCAUCUCUCAGACAAAGGUUACUCUUGAACCGACGCAUUCGGUCAGACGAUAACCAGAUUCGAAGUAGUGCAAGCACAUUCAGUUUUGCUUCGGCCUCCUCUUCUGUUGUGUCUUCUGUUUUGGGGGCUCGCUCCGUGCCGCCCAUUUUCCUUCCCCGGUCAAGGACAGCUGAAACCAUGGCUACAGCUUCCACCGCGAGCAGUGUGGGACCAUCAUCUGCAGCCACUACCAUCACUGCCAAGAAGGAAGGAAAGAACCCAGUAAUGAAGCUCCUAAGGCGUACUCGGUUUUCAACCUUUCGGAAACAACAAAGGGACUACGACAUGGAGGAAACACGAGUCCCUGAGGAUGAGGACGAGGAGGAAUGUCCCAAAGCGACUGUGGUCACCCCCUCCUCCACCAGUAGUCGGACCGAGAUGUGGAAUGCUACAUGUAGCAAUGAGGAAGAUGCUGCUUCUGACGUCGUUGACAUUCUUGCUUCUCUGGAUAUCUCGUUGAGGAAAAGGGCGGAAUCUGAACUUGUUCUUGGCAAGCAACAUGGUAUAUCUCAUGGAGCAGGCGCGUUGCUACCGAUGCUAGCGGAAAAGAUGAAGAUUAAAAAGACAAAUUCGUCCGACCCUGCACUGGAAGAAUCUGGAGAAACCCAAAGCGACGCGUCUCAGGACGAUGUGUUUUCGGGUGUUCUGUCCGAUGAAACAGACACAGAGAGCCGCUGUAGCGUUGCCUCUUCUCAGGAUUCGCGAUGCACUGUGGAUCGGUUCCUAUCGUCGCCCUACUCCAGGGUGGAACGAGGAGAUCAACCACUGCAACAGUGGUCUAGCGAAUCCGUAUCGCAAUCCGGCCGAGCAACAAGUCCCACCAGCAUGUUGUCAACAUUCUCCAAUGAACAACAACGGAGCCAUGUCUGGCCCAUUCAAGAAGCACGCUCCAACGAGCCACCCAAUUACCAUCAGUCGUGGUCGGGCGAAUCCCCACCAUCAUCGACAUCGUCGAUCCACCACUACUAUGAUCAUCGGUAUCCCUACAAUCAUCGAAGCAGCGACGAAGGGAGUAGCAUGCUUGGUUCCAACACUAGCAGUGUCGGAAGGCUCUAUCACCCAGCCGACCUGAUGAGGUGCAGCUCGGUCGAUACGACCAAGGCUAGUAACUUGGGUGGGUUAGGUUCUGAUCGAGCGAGACUGCUUGACCUCCAAGCAUUCGUCUGGCAACAACAGCAACAAGAAUUGGCACGGCUCAAUGCCCCUCCCAUCGACUUUGAGACUCCCGAUGGAGAUGGUGUCAUUCGAGUCCAAGAGACGGCGUGUGAACACAUCGACGCCGCGUGUGAAAUAGAAGUAUUACCCAAACAAGAAUUCCUCUGUGGUACAAACUCGAAUGACAAUGCGUCCACUGGCAGUCUCCACUCGGCGUCAACGGACAGCUUUCCUUCAACAGCCGCAGAGUUCUAAUGAAAUGUAUGUGCUAGCUAGUAGGUACAGUAGUAAUGAUAGAUUUUAAAAGGUACGGCAUAAACCAAGAAUUUGUUCUCUC